GAAAUCAGGGUCCUGGAACUCAAACGGAAAGAGGGACGGAGCCGCAUAUCGUGUAGCAUCAUGGCUGCUUCCACUCGGUCUCAGGUGAUUUCUCUGUACAAGAUGAUGCUGAAGGAGAGCAGCAGGUUCCCCUCCUACAACUACAGGACGUAUGCACUGCGGCGUGUUCGUGAUGCCUUCAGGGCCAACAGGGAAGUGGAAGAUCCGAAAGCAGUGGAGAGGCUGAUGGAUGAGGGAGAGCAGAUGCUGGCGCUGAUUCAGAGACAGACGUUUCGCCGGAGGAAAGCGCUCGCCGCUACAACGCAUCAAAUACUACAGGCUGCUGCAGAAAUCCAUACUGUGGCGCUUCAGGUUUCCUCCGCUGAGUCCAGAUCCAGGCGGCGCGUUGAGGCAGAGCAGCAGGACACAGAGGAGGAAAUAUAGAUCUAAACAUCCAACAUAAACCCAUGAAAGGAGAAUAAAAUAUCAGCUGCCUGUUUAGGUUCAAUCUCUA